GCGGGUUGUUGCAAGCAGGCUGCUGUGGGUGCCAAGGUCCCGACCUGCUUGAGCUGCCGUCCUAUCUCAAGCGUCGCGCGGUUUUCCCUCUGCCCUCCUCUUCCGGGCGGCGGGCGGGAGCCCAACCUGCUUCCAAGGCCUUCCCGCUUCACGUUCCUGCCCACCUCUUCCGACCUCUCCGUCCUCCGACCCUCCGCCGCCCAUGGCGCGCGCGCGGGGCCGCGGCGGCCCGGCCCUCCUGGCGCUGGCGGCCGGCGCCCUGCUGGCCUGCCGGGCCGCGCUGCCAACGGCCUUUGCGGGCCUGCCGCUGCGCGAGGCCGCGCUGGCCGGCGCCCUGCUGGCGGGGGACGUGGGCGGCGCCACCGACCCGGCGCGCGCGCCCGUGGCCUACGACCUCGGCGGCUCGAGCAUCCCCGGGGGGCCGAGAGGGGGAGACGUAAGGCGGGAUGACGAUUGA